AUGAGUGCUGUGGCUGAUAUACCAGAAAGACAAAUUAUCAAUAACGAUGAUGGUACUAAAACCAUUAUUUCUUACACAAUAGAAAAUGGAACAAAAUACAAGAUCACACAAAAAGUGGCAGAGAUUAAAGUUACUGAAAAAGUUAGCGCAACCAUUGCUGAAAGAAAGAAAUGGCAUAAGUAUGGUAUUGAAAAAGAUUCUAAGCCAGGUCCAGACCAAUCCACCACUCAAAUUGGUGAAGAGUAUAUUUUUAGAUUGGGUCCAAACUGGAGACAAUUGAAUGAAGAAGCUGAGAAAAAACUCGAUUUAGAAAGAAAAAGUACUGUACAAAGCAUUAAAUGUAGAUACUGUGGUGGUCCCCAUUUCAGUACCAAAUGUCCAAAUAAACCUAAAGACGGCAGCGUACCAACUAGGAAAACUGCUGCUUCCGUUGCUGCUGCCGCUGCUUCCAACAUUACUUCAAGUACUUAUGUCCCACCAAGUUUGAGAAGGAGAGAAGCUGACGCAAAUGCUCAAGGUAUCGAUAUUCUAGAAGCAAAGAAGCGUGAACAAGAAGCUAGAACUUUAAGAUUAACUAACUUGAAUGAAAGUGCCAAUAAGGAUGAUCUAGUUAAAGGUUUGUUGGCACCAUUUAGCAAUUCUAUUGAAAAGGCUGUUGUUGUUGAAAAUAGAACCACUGGUAGAUCUAGAGGGUUUGCUUAUGUUACCUUUUCUACUGAGAAGCAAGCUGAAGUGGCUUUGGAUUAUGUGGAUGGUAGAGGUUUCAUGAACUUGAUUAUUCAUGCUGAUUGGUCUCAACCUAAGGAUAAGAAAUAA